GGGACUGGGAGGGCACUGGGAGGGACUGGCGAGACCCCCGCCGAGGCCGAGAGCGAGUGGUUCUUCCGCCCUGAGGGGGCCCCCACCUUCCAGAAGAUCCUGCACUACAACCCCGAGGAGGAGCAGCCCUGGGUGGCCCCGGGCCCUUUCCUGGGGGUGCUGAGCUGGAACGGCUCGAAGGGCACGCGGGACCUGCAGGACCUGUCGGUGGCGCUGAGCGAGGUCGGCCACGCCCACGCCGGGCUCUACGUGUGCCGCCUGCGCCGCAACCUCACCUUCGAGGGCUACACCUACAGCCUGGCCCGCAACCAGACCCUGCGCCUCGCCGUCGUCGACAAGGCCCGUCGUGACCUGGCGUCGAUCGUGUCGGAGAUCCUGAUGUACGUGCUGAUCGUGGUGCUGACGCUCUGGCUGGCGGCCGAGAUGCUCUACUGCUACCGCAAGGUGGCGGCCGCCGCCCCGCCCCCCGACAGCGCGUCCGAAUACUUGGCCAUCACCUCGGAGAGCAAAGAGAACUGUGCGGGGUCCAGGUGGCAGAGUGACCCCCUGGACCCCCAAAACCCCUGA